AUGACCGUGGGUACUGCAUAUCAAAACGCUGUACUUACUAUACAUGCAACCGAAGAUAAUAUGCCAUGUUCAAAAGUUGGUUGCGUUUGUUUUAGUUACAGAGGUGUUUGUUCUCAUUCAUCACGAGGAUCGAAUCAUCAUGGAGAAUGUACUGAUGCUGAUAAACAUAAUGGAAUAAUUCGAUGGCAUCGUGGAUGGACAUCGAAAGCUACAUGUGAACAAAUGCGUCAACAACCUGAAACAUAUCUUAAUUUGACAUGCUGCUAUACAGAUUAUUGCAAUAAUCAACCAGGAAAAGUGAUAAAAUUUAUUGACAUACAAACACCAGUUCAAGUGCAUAAUAGUUAUGAUCCUCAAAAUCUACUAUAUUCGUCGAUUCCACAAAAGCCAUCACAACAGUAUAACGAUGCUGAUCACCAAGUUGAACAACCUAUAUCUACCGCGCAUAAACCAUCACAAUGGAAUAACGAUAACGUACAUCAUUCGCAUACAUCUAGAUUGCCAGAUAUGAACAAGCCAUCACAAUCGUAUGAUCGUCAUGUACACCAUUCAACUAGAUCUCGUUUGCCUGACACUAACAAGCCAUCACAAGUGUAUGACAGUGAUGUGAACCAUUCAACUACACCACGUUUAACUGCCAUAGAGCUAUCGUCGCAACGAAAUCAGAGUCACAUACACAAUACCAGUACAUCACGAUUACCUAACACUCAUCGACCGAGUCCAGCUUACGAUAAGUCUUUAUCACAAAAAAACACACUUGCGUCUAGUUCUUUUUCAAGUUGGAUGAUCUUUUUUCUCUUAUUUUUUAUUUUCGCUUUAUAA